AGCAUUGUUAUGUUAAUUUUACAAGUUUGAUUUUUUAAUUAUGGAGUGAAGUGUCAUCUUGAGUGCAUUAAGUUAAUUGUGAUGAAUAAUGCUUCCGUGAUCUUCUUACUAACGGAAGAUUUGAGUUGAUGAGUCCAUAAUUGUUGAUGAUGUCAUGAGUAAGGUUUUCUUAUACAACAUUUCUUUCUCUAUUUUUGCCUUCAACUUUUCACACCUGGUCCUGCGGUGGACUUAAAACCUAUUACAUUUUUUCAAGUACUUUUAUUCACAUCAUUGUUUUAACAAUAAAAAGUGCUUUUUGUACUCUCUUACGAACAAGUUAUUUUCGUCAAUCUAUUUUCUUAUUUCACGUUUUCGCCCUUUUCGCAUGAUUAGGAACUUCUGAGUUGGUGAUUUUCAGUUAAAGUUAAUGUUAUGUUGUUACUUUUUGGAAACUGAUGGCUCUUACCUUUCUUUGCUCUCCCGAUCGAAACUUAACAAUAUGAAAAAUCUAACCCAGUUAUUGAUGAAGUACAGUUUUGACCAUUGCACUGAGUUUUUUUUACUGCGGUUUUUAAUUGGCAGAUGGCAUAGUGAAACCGUUCAGUUGUCAAACAAAUUAAAGCUGCUGUGUGUAAUGUUCUCAUUUAAAAUAUAAUCUUUAUACCAUAUGUAUCAUAAUCUUAUUAUCAUUUUGGUUUGUACUGGACAAGGACCAUGUUUCUUAUAGUUUUGUGAGGGAAUCAAUUUUAUAUACAUAAUAGGCUCCGUGUGUGAGAACUCUUUGUUAUGUGUGGGUUUUUGCUCAACUUAUUGAAUGUUCUGGAAAAGGUUCAUAUGAGAUCUUGAAUCACGCAAGUAUUUCCUUGGUGCUUCCUGUAGCAUUUAUCACUUACAACCUGUUAACAUGGGUUACUAUGAAACAUUUUUGGAAUUUUCUUGGCUUGAAUGUGGCUGGAGCUUUAUAUUAUCCAGUUUAAAGACGAAUCGGCUUGCGUGUAUCGCAUUUUCACUUAAACAGACUCGAAACAUUUAGACACCUGUAAGACUGGAAUAUUCUCACGCCAUCGCGUGACUUAGCCUCAUUAUCUCAAUGCGGGCUACCCCUUUUUGACCGCUGAUUACGCCUUAAAUGGUUUCUUCGAUUUUACGGCCAUUAAAGCUGUCUAUUUCGGGAAGUAUAAUUACCCCCUCCUGGUCUUUAACUAAGUCUCUCGUCUGUAAGUAACGAUUAGCAAUCAGCUAGUCACGAAAUGGAUACGGCAAAGUUAUGUAAACAUUGGAAGUUAGAACUGGUUAUGCAUCAUUUUGUUGCCAUUCUAGAACUUCUAAGGUGUCUUGAUGAAUGUAGCAGAGUCAUCUCUCCACUUUAAUGUUGAUCAACUGUACAAAUAGCCCUGUAUUCCUCAGGCAUUGCGUAGACACCCAUAAGUGAAUGACACAGAUGAUUGACUCAACACGCGAUGAUAAACUGUUUUGGUUUCUCUUACUUCAGCUUUUCCUUUGUCCUCCCAUUAGUUUCUUUGUUCCCUUCACACUUCGUUGUACACUGAAGUGUUUUCGUCUAUUCCGGAUACUUAAUUUCUACAGUUGCCCUAGUGCCACUACACAACUAACGUAAAAGCACUUCUGUUCUCUCACGAAAUGUUUAUGUCGCGCUUCGGAGACUGCGUGUUGUAACUUGAUUUUAUGCCAGUUGGCGGUCCAUUCUUUUGUGCUUCACGAGGCUACACUUUGUGCUGUCGUUGUGUUUGCUUUCUGUUGAGCUGACGCAGAGAGAUCUGCUCUCUCGCUAAUCUGUAUUGCCAAGAGACGUUACCACACCCCUGCAUUUAGCCUUAAUAGUCGGAGACCAAGUAGGAGAAUCCGUAAGCAGUCAGCGUGAUGUUUGCCCCGCUUCCAGCCCUGAGCUUCACGCCUCAACAGAUCGCACAAGUAUGCGAAACUCUGGAAGAAAGCGGUGACAUCGAGCGGUUGGCCAGAUUUUUGUGGUCCUUGCCAGUGGCCCCCGGAACGUUAGAAGCCUUGAGUAAACACGAAAGCGUGCUCCGAGCGCGGUCCAUAGUGGCAUUUCACAUGGGUAAUUUCCGUGACUUAUACCACAUAUUGGAAACUCAUCGCUUCGGCAAGGAUUCGCAUGCCAAAUUGCAAGCGAUGUGGCUAGAAGCUCAUUAUCAAGAGGCUGAGAGGCUUCGAGGGAGACCGUUAGGACCUGUCGACAAGUACCGCGUUCGCAAGAAGUUUCCUCUUCCUAGGACAAUUUGGGACGGAGAGCAGAAAACGCAUUGUUUCAAGGAAAGGACAAGAAGCUUGCUUCGUGAGUGGUAUCUUCAGGAUCCUUACCCGAAUCCAACGAAGAAGCGCGAACUAGCGCAAGCAACCGGUCUCACACCGACACAAGUUGGCAACUGGUUUAAAAACAGAAGGCAAAGAGAUCGAGCCGCAGCAGCUAAAAACAGAAUGAACCAACAACAGGGUCAACACAUCUCACAAUGCAAAGGCAGUUUUUCCCCUGAGGGAAAAGCGAUGGAAGACUUUCGCGGGCUAAAAAAUUCACCGAUUUCAAAAUCAACAGACGAUCUACGCAAAGGCGAGUGAUCCUCAGGAAAAAUGUAGAAAUCAACGCUUUCGAACAAUUAAAGAAAGAAGCAGAGAGAGAUUAUUUAGAAAAUAAAAUUGAUGCUAUGGAUGACGAUUAUUUAAUAUCGACUAUUUGAAGUCAGGAGACUAAAGCGCAGAGCCUUGUUCUCUCUCAGAAAAUGGACAAAAGCAAGGAAAACUAGAAGGGCCCUUCGAAAAAAAAGCUACUCUAAGUUUAUUGUCAAAUUUUGAAUUGUUGUACAGAGAUAUAACGUUGUAAAUGUUUAAAUGUAUAAAUAUAAUCUGCAAAGGGCGCAGAACUUGUAACAUAAGAUAUCUUCAUACAGGGCUGCCCUGUUUGUCUUCAUGUGGAGAAUGAAAAAAAUUCAACACGUUACGGCUGACAUCUCUAUGUUUUGAUUGUGCGAUCUUCUUAAGUCGCUAUUAUUAGGUUAAAUAGAAGGAGUGAAAAAUGAAUAUAGUAAAGUUGUUCUGAUACAAUGAG